AUGGAGGACGUGUCUGCCCCGCUCAGCUGCUCUGAUUGUCAGCGCCACUUUCCUAGCCUCCCAGAACUGGUACGGCACCGAGAACUUCUCCACCCAUCUCCCAACGAGGACACUGAGGAGUCUGAUUGCAUACCCCGGCCCUACCGGUGUCAGCAGUGUGGACGGGGUUACCGUCACCCAGGGAGCCUGGUCAACCACCGCCGGACCCACGAGACUGGCCUUUUCCCUUGUACCACCUGUGGCAAGGACUUCACCAAUCCCAUGGCCCUCAAAAGCCACAUGAGGACUCAUGCUCCUGAGGGCCGCCGCAGGCGCAGGCCUCCCCGCCCCAAAGACGCCACCCCAUGCUUCCAGGGCGAGAUGGUGUCCACUGACUCAUGGGACCAGAAGCUUGGCCCAGAGGAAGGCUGGGAAAACCAGACAAAACAUACAGAAGAGACACCUGGCUGUGGGUCUGGGCCUGGCCCCAGGACAGCUCCAGGCACUUGGGAGGAUCCAUCCACUAGACAAAGAGAAGUCUGGGAAAGCCAGCCAGAUCCUGAAGAGAGUGCAAAACGCUGGGGGGCCACUACCAACUCUGCGAGAGCCCCACCUCUCCCCACCCCAGCCAGCAGCCUCCUUAGCAAUUUGGAGCAGUACUUGGCUGAAUCUGUUGUGAACUUCACAGGGAGCCAGGAACCCACCCAGUCCCCUCCUGCUGAGGAGGAACGACGAUACAAGUGCAGCCAAUGUGGCAAGACCUAUAAGCAUGCUGGCAGCCUCACCAACCACCGCCAGAGCCACACCCUAGGCAUCUACCCUUGCGCCAUCUGCUUCAAGGAAUUCUCUAACCUAAUGGCUCUGAAGAACCACUCCCGGCUCCAUGCCCAGUAUCGGCCUUACAGGUGUCCCCACUGCCCCCGUGCCUUCCGGCUCCCUCGGGAGCUGCUGGAACACCAGCAGUCCCAUGAGGGUGAAAAGCAGGAGGGGCUGUGGGAAGGGAAGGGGAUACCAACCACCAAUGGGCACAUAGAUGAGAGCAUUCGGAACCAGCUCCCUACUACACAGAUGCUAAACAGCUCUGGGGAGCUCAGCACCUCUGGGGAGCUAGAGGACAGUAGCCUGGAAGAAUACCGACCUUUCCGCUGUGGGGAAUGUGGACGCACUUACCGCCAUGCUGGGAGCCUCAUCAACCACCGCAAGAGCCACCAGACAGGUAUCUACCCAUGUUCCAUCUGUUCCAAGCAGUUGUUCAAUGUGGCUGCCCUCAAAAACCAUGUGAGGGCUCAUCACAGACCCCGGCCAGGACCUGGGGAAGGUAGACAGUCGUCAGUGAUGUCAGGUGGGAACACCUCAAAAGAAGAAGAAGAUCCUGCCACCCUGGAUUAUCGCCCCUAUAAGUGCAAUGAGUGUGGUCGAGCCUAUCGCCACCGGGGGAGCCUGGUGAACCACCGCCAUACUCACAGGACAGGAGAGUACCAGUGCUCACUCUGUCCUCGCAAGUACUCCAACCUCAUGGCCCUGCGCAACCACGUGCGGGUACACUGCAAGGCUGCUCGCCGCAGCGCAGGCCCAGGAACCAACGGUCCCCCUAGCCACAUCAAGGUGGGAGCAGAGGCACCCCCACAUAAAGAUCAGGAACAUGGGUGUAAGCGUGAAGAGGAGGCCACUGAUAACGCCCCAGCAGCAGGUGGGACAGCACCACAGAUCUGUAGUGUCUGUGGGCUGCUCUUUGAGGACCCUGAAAGCCUUGAACAUCAUUGCUGGACCCAUCGGGGAGAGAAAGGGGAAAACCACCGGGCAGAGACCAGGGUAUCACCUCCUCGAGCGUUCUCCUGCCAAGACUGUGGAAAGAGCUAUCGUCACUCAGGCAGCCUUAUCAACCACAGGCAGACCCACCAGACGGGGGACUUCAGUUGUGGGGCCUGUGCCAAGCACUUCCACACCAUGGCUGCCAUGAAGAACCACUUGCGACUUCACAGCCGGCGGCGGAGCCGGCGGCACUGGAGGCGGGCUGGCAGUGCUGGUGGGGGUGGGGGUGCCAAGCUCCCAUCAGCAGAGGACUGGGCCCAGGAGGAUGGUGAGAGCCCAGAGUUUCCCCAAGACCUUUCAGAAGAAAGUCCGAGUGGGGCUGAAGACAACUUGGAUAGUGACGGGGACUGUUUGCAGGCUGAAUCUGAGGGGGACAAAUGUGGGCUUGAGCGGGACGAGGCCUGUUUCCAUGGUGAUAAAGAGACCCGAGGCAAUGAGGAAGGACUGGAAAGAAAGAACUGUUUUCUUGAGAACUUGGGCAUCCCAGGAGAUGAAGAAGGCAGUGGGGCACGCUUCUGUGACAGCCUCACUGAGGUGAAUGAAGACCAGAAACCAGCCACAGACCUGCCCAAGCCCUCUUCCUGCUCUGCCGAAGCAGUCACUGGCUGGCAGGCUGAGGCCUCCCAUACAUGUUCUGACUGUGGGCAUUCUUUCCCUCAUGCCACCGGCCUGCUGAGCCACAGGCCCUGCCAUCCACCAGGCAUCUAUCAGUGCUCCCUCUGCCCAAAGGAGUUUGACUCCCUGCCUGCCCUGCGCAGCCACUUCCGGAACCAUGGGCCUGGGGAGGUGAGCUCAGCACAGCCUUUCCUCUGCUGCCUCUGUGGCAUGAUCUUCCCAGGGCGGGCUGGCUACAGGCUUCACCGGCGCCAGGCUCACUACUCUGGAGUGAUUGAGGGCUCAGAGGAGGAAGGGGAGGAGGAAGGAACAGCAGAGGCAGCCUCUACCCAGAGCCCUCCGUUGCAGCUCUCAGAAGCUGAGCUGCUGAAUCAGUUGCAGCGGGAGGUGGAGGCACUGGAUGGAGCAGGUUAUGGGCACAUCUGUGGCUGCUGUGGUCAGACCUAUGACGACCUGGGGAGCCUGGAGCGUCACCACCAAAGUCUGGGUGGUGCAUUUGGGAACACCAUAGACAAGGCACCCAGCCACUUGGGAGAGACAGGUAAUGGCACAGAGAUGGUUACAGAUAGUGUCUGUGAGGGCACAGUGACCUUAGUCUCUGGGGAGGGUGCAGACAUGAAGUCUGGAGAGGGAGUAGGUGCCACAGUUGCAGACAGCCUUUGCAUGCAGGGUGGUGAAAGUUCCCUGGAGGCCCAGCCCCGCCCUUUCCGCUGCAACCAGUGCGGCAAGACCUAUCGCCAUGGGGGCAGCCUGGUGAACCACCGCAAGAUCCACCAGACUGGAGACUUCAUCUGCCCUGUCUGUUCCCGCUGUUACCCCAACCUGGCUGCCUACCGUAAUCACCUACGAAACCACCCCCGCUGCAAAGGCUCUGAGCCCCAAGUUGGGCCCAUCUCCGAAACGGAAGGCAGCUGUGAGCCCCAGAACCUGGCAGAGGAAGGCCUGGGGCAGGCAGAAGUGGAGAAGCUCCAGGAAGACCUUAAAGUGGAGCCCCCGGAGGAGGUGGCAAGGGUGAAAGAGGAGGUCUGGGAGGAGACCACUGUGAAGGGGGAGGAGAUGGAGCCAAGGUUGGAGACCGCAGAGAAGGGCUGCCAGACUGAAGCCAGCUCUGAGCGGCCCUUCAGCUGCGAGGUGUGCGGCCGGUCAUACAAGCACGCGGGCAGCCUCAUCAAUCACCGGCAGAGCCAUCAGACCGGCCAUUUCGGCUGCCAGGCUUGCUCCAAGGGCUUCUCCAACCUCAUGUCUCUCAAGAACCAUCGGCGGAUCCAUGCAGAUCCCCGGCGUUUCCGCUGUGGUGAGUGUGGGAAGGCCUUCCGACUGCGGAAACAGCUGGCCAGCCACCAGCGAGUCCAUGUUGAGCGGCAUGGGGGUGGGGGCUCCCGAAAGCUGACUCGGGAAGAUCGGCCCUUCCGUUGUGGGCAGUGUGGGCGGAGCUAUCGCCAUGCUGGGAGCCUCCUGAAUCACCGGCGCAGCCACGAGACGGGCCAGUACAGCUGCCCCACCUGCCCCAAGACCUACUCCAACCGCAUGGCGCUGAAGGACCACCAGAGGCUGCAUUCAGAGAGCCGGCGGCGGCGGGCAGGGCGGUCCCGACGAGCAGCCGUGCGCUGUGCCCUCUGUGGCCGGGGCUUCCCUGGCCGGGGCUCUUUGGAACGGCACCUGCGGGAGCAUGAGGAAGAAACCAAAAGCGAGCUGGCCAGUGGCCAGGGAGGCCCAAAUGGCACCCAGGGAAGUGAGGGGAACCUGGCUGAUGCCCGAGGACUCGAGGGCAGAUCAUGUGGUAAUGAGACAGUACUUCCGCUGGAGGAUGGCGCCAUGAGGCCAGGUGAGCAUGGUCAGAGCCCCGUCAGGGCAGCAGGUGCAGAAGUCUCAGAGCCACUCUCUGGGGGGGGGAACAUGGGGAAGGCAGAUGGGUGUCAAGGAGACAGGGGACCAGUGAAUCACAACGAAGGUUGGGUUCCUCAGGGUCAGGUACUGACCAGUCCAAAAGAUGAGUCAGGCUGUAGUUUCCCCGGCCCUUGCCACCUUGGCAACAGCCAGCCCAGUAGACUUAGUAUGAGUCAUGGAGAUAGCUGGGACAAUGGAGACAGCAGCUCUCAGCUUCAGCCAGAGAGCUGUCCCUUUUCCUGUUGCCAAUGCGGCAAGACCUACUGCCAGUCAGGUGGCAGCACCCCCCAGCCAGCUGGCCACUGCUGUCCGCUCUGCUCCAUGGAAUUCUUGAACCCUGUGGCCACCAAGAGCCAUAACCACGACCACGUAGCUGCUCAGACUUUUGCCUGCCCUGAUUGUGGCCAGGCCUUUCAGUCCCACCGGGAACUAGCCAGCCACCUGCAAAGUCAUGCCAGGGGCCUCAGUCAGGUGCCACUCCAACAGGAGGCCAGGGAUCCCAGAGCUGGGACUACAGAGGACCAAUUGGGUCUCCGUGGUCAAGGGAGAGCCCAGGAGACCCCAUCAGAACCCAUCAGAGCUCCAGGAGAGAAUGUUGGGAGAGCUAGUAGAGGGCGAGGAGUUAAACCCACGGUGGCUGAAGACGAGGAGCGGCCCUGCUGUGCCCAGUGUGAGCUCUACCACCGUGCUGGUAGCCUGCUGAACCACCAGAAGGCCCACGCCACUGGACUCUAUCCCUGCUCCCUCUGCCCCAAACUUCUGCCCAACCUGCUGUCCCUCAAGAACCAUGCCAGGACCCACACGGACCCCAAGCGCCACUGCUGCAGCGUCUGUGGCAAGGCUUUCCAGACAGCUGCCUGGCUAGAGGGCCAUGGGCGGGUCCAUGCACCCCGGGAGGGGCCCUUCACCUGCCCCCAUUGUCCCCGCCACUUCCGCCACCAAAUCAGCUUCCUGCAGCACCAGCCGCAGCACCAGGAGGAAUGGACAGUGGCAGGCUCUGGGGCUCCAGCGGCGGACAGAGGGGCCUCGUCGUUGCCCCCUCCACCUACCCCAGCUCCACUCCUGGACCCUUCACCCCAGUGGCCUGCAGACCUCAGCUUCUCCCUCUGA